GGCGUAUCGCGUCCAUACGCUCCAAUCAUGCUCGCGCCAUGGCCAACGCAUAGGCCGACUAUAGGCCCCAUCCUGACAAGACACACGAGUUCAGCUCGAAUGAGACCGUCAAGGACUCAUUUCGGCCUUUUCUGCCUUGCGCCCAUCGUUCAAAUGAGGAGCAACGGAUCUCGUGGAUCUCGGAAGGUCCGGCGUCUGGUCAGGCAUGUCGCAGACAAGACAGUUGACAAGACCGCUGAGUUUUCGUACAAAAUCGAUCUUGACGGGCUGGUAUCUCUGUGCAAAAGACGUGGCUUUGUUUUCCCAAGCGGAGAGAUUUAUGGUGGCUACAGUGGCUUCUUUGACUAUGGACCACUUGGUGCGGAGCUCAAGAACAACCUGAAACGAAUGUGGUGGCGCAGGAUGGUGCAUUUUCGAGAUGAUGUGGUUGGCCUGGACAGCUCCAUAGUGUCCACGCCGGCCGUACAUCGAGCGUCGGGGCAUGUCGACAACUUCUCAGACCCAAUGGUGGACUGCACCGAGAGCAAGAGCAGGUUCAGAGCAGAUCAACUGAUGUGGGCCAAGGUGGAGCUUGAGGAUGAUCGCAUCGUCGGCUAUGUGUCAAUGGCCAGCCACAAGCCGUUGAGGAUGGAAAUGUGGAGAAGGCCUUGGAGAAAGCAGCAAAGCGAUUGAAGAAGGAGCAGAU